AUGGAAGGAGCGGAGCCUGCCUUCCAGGAGCGCCCAGCCCAGCAUCCCCGGAUCGGGAUCGAGAGGAAUGUGCUCCGGAAGUCCCAGGGCAAGGGAACCGAGCGGCGCAGGCGGCGGCGGAGGCAGCGGUGCCGUGGCCUUGUGGCCACAGGCGGCCGCUGCCGUCCUGCGGGGCGGCCCGGAGCCGAGGUGCCGCCGCCAUGGCCGGCCCGGGGCCUGCUCGGGCUGGGUCUGGUGCUGGCCUCCGUCGGCGCGGCCCUGGCAUCAGUGGCGCAGAGGAACUCGACCGCAGAUGCUCUGAAUAUCCUGUUUAUUGUCGUGGAUGACCUGCGCACCUCCCUGGGCUGUUACGGGGACAAGCUCGUGAGGUCUCCAAACAUUGACCAGCUGGCAUCGCACAGCCUCCUUUUCCAGAAUGCCUUUGCCCAGCAAGCAGUGUGCGCCCCGAGCCGCGUGUCCUUCCUCACGGGAAGGCGGCCUGACACCACUCGCCUCUAUGACUUCAAUUCCUACUGGAGGGUGCAUGCUGGCAACUUCUCCACCCUCCCCCAGUACUUCAAAGAGAAUGGCUAUGUGACCAUGUCGGUUGGAAAAGUCUUUCACCCUGGAAUAACUUCCAACCACAGUGACGAUUCUCCUUAUAGCUGGUCCAUUCCGCCCUACCACCCCUCCUCUGAGGUGUACGAAAACACCAAGACUUGCAGGGGGCAAGAUGGACAGCUGCACGCCAACCUGCUGUGUCCUGUGGAUGUGGUGGAUGUGCCGGAGGGCACCUUGCCUGACAUGCAAAGCACUGAGCGGGCCAUCCAGCUAUUGGAAAAGAUGACAACAUCGAGCAGGCCUUUCUUCCUGGCUGUUGGGUACCACAAGCCGCACAUCCCUUUCAGAUACCCCAAGGAGUUUCAGAAGUUGUAUCCCUUGGAGAACAUCACCCUGGCCCCUGACCCUGAGGUGCCUUCUGGCCUCCCUGCUGUGGCCUACAACCCCUGGAUGGACAUCAGGGAGCGGGAGGACGUGCAGGCUUUGAAUGUCACCGUGCCCUAUGGCCCCAUUCCUGUGGACUUUCAGCGGAAGAUCCGUCAGAGCUACUUCGCCUCUGUCUCGUACUUGGACACUCAGGUCGGCCGCCUUUUGAACGCGCUGGAGGAUCUGCAGCUGGCCAGCUCCACCAUUGUUGUGUUCACUUCCGAUCACGGGUGGUCACUCGGUGAACAUGGAGAAUGGGCCAAAUACAGCAACUUCGAUGUCGCCACUCGCGUGCCCCUGAUGUUCUAUGUUCCUGGUAGGACAGCUUUGCUUCCAGGGACAGGCGCAAAGCUUUUUCCUUACAUCGACCCUUUAGAGUCCAGCUCGGAACUGAUGGAGCCAGGCAGGCGGACUGAGGAACUCGUGGAGCUUGUCUCUCUCUUCCCCACGCUCGCUGGCCUGGUGGGACUGCCACUCCCACCCCGAUGCCCUGUGCCCUCCUUUCACGUGGAGCUGUGCAGAGAAGGCCAGAACCUUCUGAAGCAUUUUCAGUUCCAUGACUCGGAGGAGGAUUCGGACCUCCAUGGUAACCCCCGCGAGGCCAUUGCCUACAGCCAGUACCCACGGCCUGCAGACUCCCCUCAGUGGAAUUCUGACAAGCCGAGUUUGAAAGAUAUAAAGAUCAUGGGCUAUUCCAUCCGCACCAUAGACUAUAGGUAUACAGUGUGGGUUGGCUUCAGUCCUGAGGAAUUUCUGGCUAACUUUUCAGACAUCCAUGCUGGGGAGCUGUAUUUUGUACAUUCAGACCCACUGCAGGAUCAUAAUGUGUAUAAUGACUCCUAUGGUGGGGAACUGCUCCCCUUAUGGAUACGGCCUUGA